AUGGCUCACCACCUGCUCUCCCGUGCCGCUAUAUGGACUUUGCAGUCCUCGACGCCUGAACUUCCGGCAGAUUCGGCCAUCCUACCCGACGAUGGUACCAUCGGUAUGGAAUCGGUGUUUGGCAAGGACAAGCGUCGCCUCGUCGAACCCCAAGACUUUGCUGAUGGCGGCAAGUUUCGCUCAAUCGUCAAGAUUCAAGCUCGAUUCAAUAGUGGCAAUGAUCAAACCAUCUGGAUGAUGGGCACAGGUUGGCUGGUCAGCCCAGACACCGUCGUAACCGCAGGACACGUUGUUUACGACUGGAGGAAUCGCUGGCAGGCAGCUAUUGAGAUCAAAUGCUUCAUCGGCUACUCUGGCCUUGCUUCUGUUGGCACAUCGAAAGUACAAGGCAGGUUUGGAGAACACGUGGUGACCACAGCGCACUGGGCCAAUGGCAACAACAAACGCGCACAUGAUGUCGCCUUCUUGAAGUUGAACCGCCCCUUUACAGGAAAUCUUAGAACAAUCCCUUUCCAAGACACCCCUACUAACGGCAUCGGAUUACGGCUCGGUGUCGUCGGUUAUCCUGGCGAUAAGCAUUUUCAACAUCCCAGUGGAGAUGAUGACGAGGAGGGUGCGCAGAUGUACGAAGAAUUCACUCGCGUCAACUACAGCAUCCAAGACAGUCAGUCUGGAGCACCAAUCCUUCAAGCUACCAAUGAUGGAGGAUUCGUUUCUAUUGGGACUCAUUGCUAUGGCGGCGGCCAUGCCCAGAAGAACUCAGGUACUUCGAUCGGUGGCGAUUAUGGUAUCAACUACGUUGCUUUCAUCUCCCUCUUUGAUAGCGGCCACUUUCCAUAUCCACACCGAUUUGGCAUCAAGUUCGUCAACGUCAAUCCUGCUGCACGGACUCGCAAAUUGCAAGUCCACAGUGUCAGGCGCGGCGCCAUUGACGCCAUUCAUAAUUGCCAUGGAAUCGGCUUCUGUACUAGUGACGGUGCUAAGAAGAACGGCAGAAACGUCAGCGAACCCAACGUUGAUAAAAGCCGGAUCAAGCUCCACAUCCGCGAAAACGAGUACGAUCAACAUUUCAAUCAUUACAAUAGCGGCGUAGCGGGAUACAAAGAUGACCACAGAGAAGACACGUGCACCAUGGACGACGUAAAUUGCCACAACGGCGGAUGCAAUGACCAGGCUUAUGGCGAAAGUCACGGAAGAAACGAUGAUCAUAGGUCCAGGCGCAACGACGUUAUCCGUACAAUCAGGUUGAGAGACCAGAUGAGCAAUGACAAGGCUAGGGACUUCGGAAAGAUAGCAGGCAUCAACAACAGCUACGGCGGCGACUUUGACAACUACUAUCGUAACUCUGGCAACAGCUACGGCGGCACCUUCAACGACUAUCACGGUAACCCUGGCAGCAGCCACGGUGGCAACUUCACUUCAUCUCACGGUAACUCUGGUAGGAACCACGACAGCAAUUUCAACACAUACCACGGUAGCCUUGGCAGUAAUUACGGCGGCAACUUCAAUGCCUGUCAUGGUAACUCUGGCAGUAACUAUAGCGGCAACCUCAAUAACUACAACGGUAGGCCUGGCAGCUACUACAUUAACAACUUGAGCGGCUACUAUCUUGGCAAUCGCACCAACGAAGUUAACCUCUUUUCCACAAGGAACGCCCUUCCUUUAUGCUCAGGCAUGGACCAUAAUUCUCUAUCCAGUGGAUUGGAACUCAACGGACCGCUGCAACGUGACGGCGAAGGAGUUUGUGAUGUUCUGAGGCUUUUCUCUGAUUCUGCUGAAAGACCGGUUUGGGACGGCCCUCCUUUGCUUGGUCCGCUGGGCGGCGUUGUGGGAAUUGUUGCUGGCAGCAUUCUUUCAGCCGUUGGGGGAGUCGAAUUCUGCAGCAUGGUCGACGGCCCGUUCCAGGCUGUUGAGAGCGCUAUCAAUGCAGGCGCCAUCGAACGUGCGGUUCUAGCGGAGGCAGCGCUUCAAGCUCUGUUGAAACUCGAAUAUUCUACCGAAGUCGCUGACAUAUUUGAUAUCAUCGACAUCAAGUAUCGAGCGUUGAGUCCGCAGCUGAGCUCUCUUGCCAAGACGAUGAUGGAGCUUUCCAAGUCAAAACUUGACUCGCUCAGGGUUCUUGUGCAGGAGAACAACGAACGGGAUAUCGAUGUCUUGGACGCCAUUCAGUACAGUAUUCACAGAAUUGCUCCACCUACGAUGCAAUUCGCCAAAAAGACCGUUCGGACAGUGGUUUCUGUCGUAUUCAAUGCGGCUUGGAAAGAUCAAAACGCUCUGAGGUUGAAAAAGGCUAGAAGUUGCCUGGAAAACAGCCUCAAUCAUCCAAAUAAGAAUGAUCAGUCCGCUGAUGAUGGAGACCCCUUCGGCAGCAGCCGCCUCAGCUUUAUUAAGCAGCAAGUCCUUGGUGACCAGAGCAUCACUGGCAACAAGCCCACCCGCAGAAGGCAGUCUAUCAGCAGUAGCCGGCCAACUCGCAGCAAUCAGUCUACCACCAAUGACCAGAUCCACACUAGCACACAGCCGACCAACCACAGCCAGCCAGUCGGCACCAACCAGCUCUUUCGAAGAAAACGAUCUAUGAGUAGUAGCCAGCCAACUCGUAACAGCUGGUCUACUACCAACAACCAGCUCCUGCCCAGCACUCCACCCUCCACCAGCGUUCAGCCCGACGCCAGCAUUCCCACCGCCACCACCAGUAUAGAGCAACCACCCAUGGAAGAAAGGGAUAUGCUUGCUGAUUUCGGCACUUCCGCUCGCGUGAACACACUCCGUCCAAAGAAAUCUAUUGGUGAGAUUCUCUCAUCGUCUCCCAAGGGUCAUGCUGCUGCGAAGGUGAGCACCAACAUCACCAACUGUUGUGACAUCGACCAUGAUGCUCCUGGCUCUGUUCUUGGAGAUGUUGAAGACCGGAAGAAGUCGGGCGAGAGCGAAAGCAUUCGCCAACGAAAGUCCUUUGACUCUAACGUCGACUUGAGCUUUGAUCUGGCUUCAAUGGAGGAUGAAUCAUUUUGA